AUGGCAGGGUCACAGCCCAAUGGCACGCCGGGCCCCGCGGCCCGCAGACCCAAACACAUCAUCAUUGUAGGCGGUUCCCUUGGCGGACUCUUCACGGGCGUGGCGCUCAAGCAGCAUGGUUACGACACGACGAUCCUCGAACGCAACCCGACCAAUCUGCUAGAAAAUCAAGGCGCCGGUCUUGUCGCCGGCGGCGAUACCAUGGCCUUUUUCGAGCGGUAUGACCGCUGCAAGCGGCCCGUCGCUGUAACGUCUCAGAAGCGAAUGUACCUCGACCAGUCGGGCAAGGUUGUCCAUGAGGAAGUCAUGAAGCAGACCAUGACAAGCUGGGACUUGUGCUAUUACAUGCUCCGCGCCAAUUAUGACCACCAAGAAAGUGGGUACUGCAAUGUGCCCGGGCCCCAGCCUGGCGACGGGAAGAUCGAUUAUAGAUAUGGCUGUACGGUGACGAGUUUCCAGGACGAAGGUGAUCAAAUAAGGGUGUUUUAUGACAAGGCUGAUGGCGGAAAAGAGUCGGUCGUGGGAGAUAUGCUUGUCGGCGCGGAUGGGCCGAGCUCGACCGUCCGGAAGAUCCUAUGCCCGGAAGUCGAGAGAAAAUAUGCGGGCUAUUGCGUGAUAAGAGGCACGGUACCUGAGAAUGAAGCGUCUGAGGAAGCCAGGAAGGCGUUUGUGGAGAGGUUCACCUUCUUCCAUGCUCCGGGAAUCCAAAAUCUGACAUACACCAUCCCCGGGAUCAACGGGGCAAUAGAGCCAGGGAAUCGACUGCUGAAUUUUGUCUGGUACACGAACUUUCCUGAAGGCGAGGAGGAGCUCGAAAAGGUGAUGACCGAUAAGGAUGGUAAGAGGAGGCGACUUACCAUCCCGCCCGGGAUGAUGCGACCCGAGGCGUGGGAAAUGGUCAAACAACGUGGUCGAGAUCGUCUACCUCCACAGAUGUCCGAGAUGGUCCAGAAGACGAAGAACCCAUUUGUGCAGUGUAUUACUGAUGUGAUCACUCCAACCAAUGACUUCUACGGCGGCAAAGUUGUGCUUAUUGGGGAUGCACUCGCCGGGUUUAGGCCGCACACUGUCGCUAGCACGAGUCAAGCUGCGUUCGACGUCCUCAUGCUGGUCGAGUACCUUGAGACCGGCGAUCACGCUGAGUUUGUGCGAAGGACCAUGGAAUAUGCACGCUUGAUCCAGAAAAGGGGCAUAUACAUUGGGAACAGAAGCCAGUUUGAGAAGCUCCCGUUGAGGGAAUACAUCGACGAUCGGAAUAUGAUGUCGAUAAAGAGAGAAGACCUGGAAUUUCCAGAAUGGACACAGGUUAGAGGAUAG